GCAGGGGGCGGGCAGAGGCGGGGCCGAGGCGCCCUUAUCCCCGGCGCGGGCGGCCGGGGUUCAGAGUGCGGGCCGCGGAGCGGGCAGCGCGGUCUCGUUAUGGGUCCGCGCUCUAGGCCUGCGCGGGCGAUGCCGUCCGGUCCUCCCUGACCCCUGACGCCUAGUGCCGCCGCCCCGAUGGCCGCCGAGCCCCCUGCGCUGCGCCUGCGGCCGCCGGGGAGCGCCGGGGAUAGCCCGCCAGUGCCGCGCCUGCUCGGAGGCUGCGUGCCGCUGUCGCAUCAGGUGGCUGGCCACAUGUACGGCAAGGACAAAGUGGGCAUACUCCAACACCCAGACGGUACCGUUUUGAAACAGCUACAGCCGCCGCCGCGGGGCCCCCGAGAGCUGGAAUUUUAUACCAUGGUUUACGCCGCUGACUGUGCCGAUGCUGUUCUGCUGGAGCUGCGGAAACACCUGCCCAAAUACUACGGCGUCUGGUCCCCUCCCACCGCACCAAACGAUGUAUACCUAAAACUGGAAGACGUGACUCAUAAGUUCAACAAGCCCUGUAUAAUGGAUGUGAAGAUAGGGCGGAAGAGCUAUGACCCCUUUGCCUCCUCAGAGAAAAUCCAGCAGCAGGUCAGCAAGUACCCUCUGAUGGAGGAGAUCGGGUUCCUGGUGCUCGGCAUGAGGGUUUAUCAUGUUCAUUCUGACAGUUACGAGACACAGAACCAGCACUAUGGAAGAAGCUUAACAAAAGAGACGUUAAAGGAAGGCGUCUCCAAGUUUUUCCACAAUGGCUUCUGUUUAAGAAAAGACGCGAUUGCUGCCAGUAUUCAGAAGGUUGAGAAGAUUCUCCAAUGGUUUGAAAAUCAGAAGCAGCUUAACUUUUAUGCAAGCUCAUUACUGUUUGUUUAUGAAGGUUCAUCUCAGCCAGCUACUACAAAAUCCCACGAGAGAACUUUGGCCGGGAAGUUUCUCUCCAAAGGCCACCUGUCGGACGCAGACGUCCUGGAAUGCAAUAACAACUUUCACCUGUUCAGCUCCCCGGCCAACGGGACAUCGGUAGGCAAAAGUUUAUCCAAGGUGUACGCGAGGCACAGAAAGCUCUACUCCAAAAAGCACCACAGUCAGACUUCACUGAAAGUUGAGACUCUGGAGCAAGACAACGGGUGGAAAAGCGUGUCCCAGGAGCACCUGAACGGAAAUGUGCUGUCCCAACUGGAAAAAGUGUUCUACCACCUUCCUGCGGGGCGUCCGGAGACGGCGGAAGUGGAAGUGCGGAUGAUAGACUUUGCUCACGUGUUCCCCAGCAACACCAUCGAUGAGGGCUAUGUUUACGGUCUGAAGCAUUUGAUUGCUGUCCUGCGGAGUAUUUUAGACAGUUGAGUCUUGCUGCCGUCUGUGAAGGAGUGGCCGGGUCACCGUGGCGAGCCGCAGGCGUUAGCUGUGCCCCUCUAAUGCUCUGUAAAAAGUUUGUAUUGUGAGUCAGCGUUCUAUUUGUCUUUAUACUUUUGGUAGAAGGUUAACUUUUUUAUAUUCUUACUCAGGAAUACUAAUUUGUUCAUUAGAAAACUAUGAAGACUAAAGAAACAGGAAUGUCGCGCAGGGAACGUGCGGGACAGGGAGUAGACAGCUGUAACACUCUGGCCACGUGCAAACCGUUUUGCAGUCAUUCAGAAUUCAUGUCGCUUUGUGUAGCCGUCACCAAGGAACCUGUCCACCCAACCUUGCUGGUAUCUAAACUAUGACACUGUCAGGCCAUCCCCUUAGGAUCUGGAAGGCACAGGUUGUUUUCAUCAGGACCAGUGUGCCCAAGCUCCCUAAAACUGGAGAACACUUCACACAGAAAAUGGGGCUGUGUGGGCUCCCUGUUAAAAGAGCUGCCGGUGAAAGGUGCUUAGAUGUGUGUGUUCCCCCCGCAGGGUUCCCCACAGUUCCCCACUGCUCAGGGCUGCUGCACGGGAAGGCUGGCUGAGGCUCAUGGCCGGCAACAGUAGCAGCAGCAGUUGUGGAACUAAGAGCACAAAUAUUUCCUCCCUGGGGUCAGGAGAAGAGAGAUUGUUUGCAAAGAACAAAUUACUCUGUUAUGCAAGCUGUCAUAAAGGGCGGGGCUUUUUAUUAUCAACGUGAGGCUUCGGAGAGGGGCAUGGUGGAAACUUGGUUUAUUUCUUCUUUAAAUAAUUUUUGAGAGUUUAUUCCAUUUUUUAAAAAAUCCAUCUUUUAAAAAAAAGGUAUCCCCAUUUACUUUCAAGCCUUAGCGUAAACACCUUUCUCAGAAUUUGGUUACGCAGCGACAGAACUGUGCUGCUAUAGGCCGGAAUCCUGUCUCGGUUUCACCCCCAUGGCAUCUAACAGAGAAAUUUAUUUUCACUCAAAACAAGGGCAGGCAACUUUUCCUUGAGAAAAUAGAUUUGUAAGUGUUAUGUUUAUUUUACACCUACCACCUUUUUCAAAUUAACUAAUUAUCAGCAAGAUUUUUUAAAGUUGAGAUUAAAUUUGCAAAUCCUUUUGCUGUCAGUGCUUUGCACUUCGACUCACUGAUGGAUUAGAAUAAUUGAACGGCUUGUCAUUGCUGGAAAAUAUUUUUGAGUUAUGACUUGACUUUUUUUUUUUUUUAAACCCCCUUUCCUUCAGAAUUACAAAUAAAACUGUUCACCCUAGAACCAUUUUCUCUAAGUGGAGGGGAUUUUACUCUCCUGACCCCAUCCGAGGACUGUUUGCAAAUGUCCACGCCCAAGCGCGAGCCUGGAACACACAGGUCGUCAGCCAGGGCGAUUGGGGCUUGUGCUUCUGUGAGUUUCCACUCAGGAGGCUGCAGGUGUCCCCCACAAGGCCUCCAUGUUCUCUGCCCAAGCAUGUACUGGCUGUAGAGAGAGGGUUUUGUUUAUUUCAUUCUGUGGGAGUGAGUUCCAAGCGAUAAUUACUACAAAACUUUGAGUUUUACCUUUUUUCUUACAAUGUUGACUUGUUAUCUGGAUGUGAUUUCGUAACUCCCAAGCUCAUCUGGUGAACACUAUUUUGAAUCUUAAGAGGCAAUUUGGGAUGGUGCCAGGUGAUGUACAAUGACUAAGUCAGCUCAAGUACUCAAAGUGUUGGGCACACUUUAGCUCAGCCAGACCCUUCAUCCACAGCUGUUUGAGGCAUUUUGGAAGCCAGCAUCCUGCCUUUAGGUUUUGUCUGAAUAAAACAGGAAGCGAUUCUUAUCUCUGCUCUUCAGGGAAGGGAUUAACUUUCAAUUCUUCUUGUUUACAUUUUACCACUGUUGCCCUCUUUAUGUUACUUUUCGAUUAUGCUUUUCGACGAUGUGAUCAGCGUGUUUAUGUAACCAACCUGUGGCGUUUUCUAGUCCGUCCUGUCUUGUAAGAUGAUGCUGAGAGUUGCCACUUUGGGGACGAGGCAUCCAUCGCUAGCCAAGCGUCUGUGAACGCAGAGAUAUUUCAGAACCAAGCAAACGAGGAGAUGGCUCGGGCUGAUGGAAAUGCUAGCUCCCCCCGCGCCCCAACAUGGAUUUAGUGUCUUUCUCAUGGGGUGCACUCAUGGAAAGGACUUCGAAGAAAUUGUGGAUGUGAAUAUGUUUCUCAAAUAAAAGUUUAAAUUGUAAAAUAGUUUUAUAAUAAAGUAUUUACAUUAAUUAUUUUAAUAUGGAUGGAAGUUGCAUAAAUUAUACUUGUUGUUAAAUAUUUAAAUAGUCUUUGAAGAGAGUUUUGAAAAUGUGUGUGAGUGGUUCUGAUAGCCGUGGUGUUCACUAUUCUGGGAUGCAUUGCUCCGUGUGUCUGAAGGGGGCUUGUGCCCUCUGCCUGCGCACACUACAGCUUUCCACUGUGGCCCCGCAGGCCGCUCAGCUGAGUAAGAACUGGUUUCUGAAUGUUGAUGUAAUUCAGUAAUGACACUGUCAUUUCGUGGUUCGUGAUCUCUCCGUGAUGUUCUUCCUGUCAGACCUAGGAACUAUCAAAUUUAUAACAUUUGGGGAGGCGUUGAAUUUCCAUAAUUCAGUUGCAAUUUUCUCCUUGAUUUUGGAAUUUGGAGUGUGUGGCAGGGGGAGGGCUGAAUGGUGAGAUGGCAGGCACCGAGGCUGUCCUUAGAGUGGCUGACUGUUAGUGCCACAGCUCCCGAGGUCUGCUGUUUAAACCUGCUUUGUUUAAGCUGUUUACGCUGCAGCACCUCUCUUCCAGACCCCGGCCUUGACUUUUGUAUACCUGUAGCUGCAGUUGCCCCCUCCCCCCCAUCGAGUCCUUUUAGAACGCAGUGACUUGCAGGGUGGUUUCUGGAGGCCUGGCCCUCGGGUCACUCAGAUUCCUUCACCAAGGUGUGCCAGUCAAGCCGCUCUCAAGUAUACAUCUGUGAGCCCUUCGAAACUCACCAUUUCGAGACUCACCACUUCCUGCGUCCUGUCUGGACAGAGUGGUUGCUCAGGACUCCCGUGACACAGAUGUACAGCCGCCUUCACUGAAAGCUGCUGAGGCUAGUGCUUGGGUAAAGAUUAUGUGGUGAGUGCUGAGUCACAAAUGAGGCCGAUAUUUUUUUUUUGACUUUUGGGCUGAGACCAAGCGAAAGUAGGUGAAGUUACAAGUGCAGCAUUGUGGCCCCCAUUUGACACUCCAGCCAUGGCAGUUAGAGACGGCAUUAAACAACCUUACAUUCCACCUUUACUUGGAAAACAAAGCCUGGCUUUGCCUUCAGAACAACACUAGCGUAGUGUUGCUGCGGUCACCCCUUACCAGUGCGAGCGUCUUAGACGUCAGAUUUCUAAGUCGCCAGUAUUUCAAGUUUGUCAGUGAUGAAGUUCCUUCUUCACUUCGCAGUAGUUACAUUAUAACAUAAAAUACUGAUAUUUUGAGAAGGAGUUCACAUCUUUGCUGACAAUAUUGAAAGUCUUCCACCUUGUUUUGUUAGCUUCUAUUAAGAACAGACAUGAUUCGUGCCACUAAGUAGAAAGUCGAAAUUUUUUUUAUUGUUAAUUAUUUUUUAAAAAUGUGUCAUUGUAGCUACACUUUGGCCUGGUGUCCACUUAGAGGGUUAACAGUUUAAUUACUGAAGGCAGGGUUUGCGAUCCCCUGUAGAUGAGGAGGAAGGCAUCCAUAGACACUUUGCUGUGGGAUCUGUACCGGAAGAUGUACAAAAGCGUGGAAAGUUGCGCCCAGGUUGUGCCCACAGUAGCGGCAGGCGGCAGCGCGGCCCUCCCGUACUCGAUGAACGAAUGUAUUGCUGUGCUUGGGUGUAGAUGUCUUACUGUCUCUAGUUCUCUCUCUCAGUGUUUGUAAUUUGUACCAUUGACAGGAUAUCCUUGGCGUGCAAGGGUCGUCACUGUGUUUCUGGAGUCAUUUAAUGUGAUAUGCCAAUUUUUAUAAGUGAUAUUUAGAUAAUUCUAAUAACUGUAUAUUCGACAACGUAUUAAAAUGUUUUGCAUUGGA